GGGACCGGGGGCCGGAGCGGCGGCGCUCAGCGGUCUGGGCCGGGCCCCGGGCCCCGGCCGAGCCAUGGGCCAGCUGGUGGCCAAGUUGAUGAGCAUCUUCGGAAACCAGGAACACAAGGUGAUCAUCGUCGGGCUGGACAACGCGGGGAAGACCACCAUUCUCUAUCAGUUUCUGAUGAAUGAGGUGGUCCACACAUCACCGACCAUCGGCAGCAACGUGGAGGAGAUCAUCCUGCAGAAGACGCACUUUCUCAUGUGGGACAUUGGGGGUCAAGAGACCCUCCGCUCCACGUGGAAUACCUACUACUCCAACACUGAGUUUGUCAUCCUGGUGAUAGACAGCACGGACCGAGAGCGGCUUAUGGUGACACGAGAGGAGCUUUACCGGAUGUUGGCUCAUGAGGACCUCCGGGACGCCGCUGUGCUCAUCUUCGCCAACAAACAGGACGUGAAGGAUUCGAUGACCACAUCGGAGAUCUCGAAGACCCUGACCCUCAGCGCCAUCAAGGACCACCCCUGGCACAUCCAGGGCUGCUGUGCCCUCACGGGGGAGGGACUCCCCGCUGGGCUCGAGUGGAUGAAAUCCCAUGCCACUGCCAACUGACUCCCAGCCCCUUGACCUCUGGAUGCCGGGAGCCGAAGCCUAAAGGAGAGAGGCAUUAUUUUUCUAAGGACGCUGCGAGGGAAAGGCCUAUUUAUUAUUUUUCUACUCACGGGGGACCGAGACCCCGAGCCUUCAAUGGACAGUGGGGCAGCAGAGGCGAUGGUCCUGCCCCUGCAGGGAACAGAGCCAGAGGGGAUCCAGGAUCCUGGGGGGGUCCAGUUUCCUCCGCUGCAGCUGAGACUCCAGGGUAGCUGCUGGUGGCGGGGGUGGGGGUGUCACUGGUCCAGCACUGGGAGGGGCUGGGACCCCAAGGUCCGGAAGGAGGUGAGAGGAGACGGCUGCAUCUCUGGCCCCCAUCCUGGACACCGGACACUUUCUCCUACUUGGAGAGUUGGCCAUCAAAGCAUGCUGGAUAAAGGAAGUUGGCAGUGGUUGGGGGUGGUGAUAGGGAAAGGCAUCAUUUGAGGGCUUCUGACACCUCCAGGCGCCCCCACGCCCCCACCCCAGAGACUGUGGUUCGUCCUGCCUGGACCGGCCCAAAUGCUUUGGACUGUAGCCUGUUUUCUGCUUCGAUUUCAGGUUUUUUUCCCCCACCCCGCCCCGUCCCCCCGGGCACUGCAGUGCCUGCCCGUCUGGGUUUUUUUAAGAAGAUUUUUUUAAAAGCGCGUCGGGAAUUUUGUAUUGGAACAAUAAACGCCGUCGGCCGCCA